AUGAGUCGAAGCCGAAAACCUCCACCGUUGAUGUUCAUCGUGGGCGAUGCGCAGAAUCCCUCCAGGACAACGAAAGCGAUCAAGUCGGCAAAGACAUCGCACAUCUCUUCGCGCUACCGGUACUGGAGCAAGGCGAACCACCGGGACCUCGCCCUCGAUUCGACAACCAAGGCCAUCUUGCACGGGACAUCGUCCUAUCUCCAGAGAUUGCCCACCGCUAAUUACCCCAAGACGCCUGCAGGCCCUCCAAACAAUGACGACGGAGCUGAGCAGCAUCACCAGCAUCACCGGAUUCACAGGGAUGAACCCACCGACGGAGAAAGUGGCGCCCUCAUACGCAUGGGCCAGCACUGCACGCCAACAUCACAGAAACCACGCGUGGCCAUCAAGCCCUGGGAGCGCGAUCUGACAGAAUACGAAGCAUGGGCAGCCUCGCCCUUGACCAUGCUGGGAUGUCAAUUCUUCGACAUCUUCACCCCCUCCGCGGCCAUGAGGUACGACGUCGAAAUCAAGGCAAAUCUCUACUUCUAUUUCUGGACCAUCAGGCCGUUUGCGACCCAUUUGCUGCAGUCGUGGAAGUGGUUGGACAACCUGUCCCAGAUUCAGGCAUCGCCCUGUCUGACUUAUGCCGUUGCGACAUAUGCUUCGGUAUUCCUCUCCGGAAUGCUCAGAGGGGGCCCGGGUGUGGUGCUGCCGCCGCCCACCGAAAAGGGCCAGAAGUCCACGUGGCAGAUCCCGUCGUGGUUACGCCUCCAUACAAGAUGCCUGGCCGAGCUGAAUGCCGUUCUGAGUGAUCCAAACCAAGUUGUCGAUCAAUCAUGCUAUCAAGCCAUCUUGUUCCUGUACCGGCUUUCGGUGCUCCUGGCAGACGGCGAGAGCGGCCGAAUGCACCUCCAAGCGCUCAAACGGAUGUCGCUACUUCUUGACACGGAUGAAAAUUUGCUCGAAACAGAACUGGCUGUAUCCAAAGUCAACAUCAUCGGCGCAUUCCUCCAUAGUCGCUCGGUUGUGCUACUUCGCAAGGCCCACAGCAAAGCUCAAGGGCGCCGAAAUGAAGUAGUCGAGAUCGACAGGAAAUUCUGGAGGUCUGACCGCGAAUGGUAUUCACAUCGAGCGCAUCUCGCUGGGCGCAUGCUAGCCUGGCGCCCGGAGAGUCCGAGCUCGAGUUUAAUGCCAGAGAGUGCGACGGCCAUCUCGCGGAUGGACCCCGAAAGCUGUAGGUUUCUGGGAGAGCCAGAGCAUCUCGAAAUGCAGCGGUGCUAUCAGAUUGCGCUGUUCUUCUGGAUGUAUCUGAACUGCAUCAGCUUCAACACCUCGGCACUCAUCGUGCGCUCGAAUCUGCUCGAAUUGCAGUACCGGCUUUCAAACAUGGAUCUCCCUACCAUGGGUUCGACCUGCCACACCACGCUCUUCAACGUAUUAUUGGCGGGCACGAUGGCAUCUCGAAAUCAGCCUGAAAGAUGGUGGUUUGUACAGCAGAUCGUCUGGCUCUACCCGGACAUCCAGCACCUCGACACCGUCUGGCAGCUGUUGGCCGAGUUCUUCGACCCCCUGUCGAUAAACUUCAACUUCAUUCAGGAGAUGUGGCAAGAUAUUGUGGCGGCAAGACGGACGACCACAAAGUCCUCCAGCUGCCCGGACAAGCAGCUGGUCAAGCCGAUCAAGCAUUUUCGGCCGACCUCAUACUCUCCUGACCUCACAAAGCCGCUUCCAGUUAUUGAACUCGAGGAUGUGGAGGACGCCUCGCUCGCGAAGAGCCUCCACAGGUCGCCAGCUCGCGUGUCGGUUGCUUCUUGA